UAUCUUGACCAGGAAGUGACGGGGAGUGACUUUUCCUCUGUGAGUGACUGAGAAAACUUCUUGAGCGUCAGGUCAGCGACGCCCGUCUUCAUCGCGAACGGUCAACAUUUACCUCAGAAACUUCAUCUUCAUCAACAGCACCGGGUCGUUUACAGCAGCUGUCAGUCAUACAGUUCUUCACAGUUGCCGAGCAGUGCGGUCAACAGGAUGAGUUCUGACGGAGGCGGGGGGAAGCCGGUGAAGGUGGGCUCUCUGGUGGAGGUCAUUGGAAAGGGGCAGCGUGGCACUGUGGCUUAUAUCGGCGCCACCCUGUUCGCCUCAGGCAAAUGGGUGGGUGUCAUUCUGGAUGAGCCUAAGGGGAAGAACGAUGGGACGGUGCAGGGAAAACGCUACUUCACAUGUGAGGAGAAUCGUGGGAUAUUUGUCAGACAGUCCCAGAUUCAACUUAUUGAUGAUGGAGGCAGUUCAGCCACUUCUCCAGAAACACCUGACUCGAGUGUGUCUAAACUGCCCAAGAAAGAGAUCCAGGAGACGCCGAAGGCCAUUAAGCAGACUCCAACAGCUAAGAAGCCUGCUACACGUCGUAGUACCAAGACCGGCCGUCCAUCUGUUGGUUCUGGGUUUGCAGAAUCGACUCUGGUGGAAACUGAAUCCACUGCACUGGGGUCUCCUGUUGUACCACAGGCCAGCGGCAGCUCCAGUACUCCACAAACUACAACCCAGAGCAAAGAAGAAGAGUCUCUUCGAGCUCAGGUGAAGGAUCUGGAAGAGAAGCUGGAGACUCUGCGGAUGAAACGUUCAGAGGAUAAAAUCAAGCUGAAGGAGAUGGAGAAACACAAGAUCCAGAUGGAGCAGCUACAGGAGUGGAAGAUCAAGAUGCAGGAGCAACAAAAUGACUUACAGAAGCAGCUUAAGGAGGCUAAAAAGGAGGCCCGUGAGGCUCUGGAGGCUAAAGAUCGAUACAUGGAGGAGAUGGCAGAUACCGCCGACGCCAUCGAGAUGGCCACACUGGACAAAGAAAUGGCAGAGGAGAGAGCAGAGUCGCUCCAACAGGAGGUGGAGAGUCUGAAGGAAAAGGUGGAGGAGCUGACCAUGGACCUGGAGAUCCUGAAGCAUGAGAUCGAGGAGAAGGGAUCAGACGGAGCCGCGUCCAGUUAUCAACUUAAACAGCUGGAGGAGCAGAACGCUCGUCUGAAAGAAGCUCUGGUCAGAAUGAGAGAUUUGUCCUCGUCGGAGAAACAGGAGCACAUUAAGCUUCAGAAACAGAUGGAGAAGAAGAAUUCAGAGCUGGAGACACUGAGAGCACAGAAAGAGAAACUACAGGAGGAGAUGAAGCAGGCAGAAGCCACCAUAGAUGAACUCAAAGAGCAGGUGGACGCUGCUCUGGGAGCUGAGGAGAUGGUAGAGACGCUGACAGAGAGAAAUCUGGACCUGGAGGAGAAAGUGAGAGAGCUCAGAGAGACUGUCAGUGAUCUGGAAGCUAUAAAUGAGAUGAAUGAUGAGCUACAGGAGAACUCACGCGAGACGGAGUUGGAACUGCGUGAACAGCUGGACCUGGCAGGGGCCCGAGUCCGAGAAGCCCAAAAAAGAGUCGAGGCGGCCCAAGAGACGGUCGCUGACUAUCAGCAAACCAUCACCAAAUACAGAGAGCUCACCACUCAACUUCAGGAAGUGAAUCGAGAGUUGACCAAUCAGCAGAGCAGCACUGUGGAAGAGCAGCAGCCCGUGGCCGAGCUCUUUGACUUUAAAAUCAAAUUUGCUGAGACCAAAGCUUAUGCAAAGGCCAUCGAGAUGGAGCUCCGUAAGAUGGAGGUGACUCAAGCCAACCGGCAAGUGGCUCUGCUGACAUCAUUCAUGCCCGAGUCGUUCCUGAGACAUGGAGGAGAUCAUGACUGCAUCCUUGUGUUGCUUCUGAUACCCAGACUCAUAUGCAAGGCUGAGCUGAUCGGUAAACAGGUUCAAGAGAAGUUUGAUCUGAACGGUUCUUCAGGAGAACGCGCCGGACUCCGCGGGCCGGCCGGAGAACAGCUGAGUUUUGCGUCUGGUCUGGUUUAUUCUCUAAACCUGCUGCAGGCCACGCUGCACAAAUACCAACUAGCUUUGAGUCAGUGUAAUGUAGAGGUGUAUAAGCGGAUGGGGACGCUGUACUCAGAGAUGAGCGUUCAUGAGCGUUCUCUAGACUUCCUCAUAGAUCUGCUUCAUAAAGAUCAGCUCGAUGAGACCGUUCAAGUGGAGACGCUCACUAAAGCCAUUAAAUACUACCAGCAACUUUACACUGUUCAUCUCUCUGAACAACCUGAAGACUGCACAAUACAACUGUCUGAUCAUAUCAAGUUUACCCAGAGUGCUCUCGAAUGUAUGGGAGCGGAGGUCGGGCGUCUGCGGGCGUUUCUGCAGGCAGGACAGGAAGGGGCGGAGCUUUCUGUGCUGUUGAAGGACCUGGACACUUCCUGUGGAGACAUUCGACAAUUCUGCAAGAAGAUCCGCAGGAGGAUGCCAGGAACCGAUGCACCGGGUAUACCGGCAGCUCUCGUCUUUUCUGAUCAGGUGAGCGAGACGCUGAUGGACUGUAGGAAGCAGCUGACGCGUGUGGUUGCGGUUCUGCAGGAAGUUGCGGCCGCUUGUGCUCAGAUGAUCGCACCUCUGGCAGAACCUGAGGGACUGAACGCACUUAAAGUCGAAGAUGUGACGUUUAAAGUGGUGGAGCAGGUGUAUGGGUCUCAUGGUCUGAAUCCAUACGAGUGUCUCCGUCAGUCCUGUACUGCUGUCAUAACAACCAUGAAUAAGAUGGCAACAGCAAUGCAGGAGGGAGAAUAUGAUACAGAAAAACCUCAGCGAGCGUGCCCUCCAGUGGAAAUCCGUGCAGCUGCAGUGAGAGCUGAGAUGACAGAUGCUGAGGGUUUGGGAAAUAAACUAGAAGAUCGUGAAACUGUCAUCAAAGAACUGAAAAAAUCCCUUAAAAUCAAGGGAGAAGAGCUGAGUGAAGCAAACGUUCGUCUGAGUUUGUUGGAGAAAAAGCUGGACACAUCAACUAAAGACGCAGAUGAACGCGUGGAGAAGAUCCAGACCAAACUAGACGAUGCUCUCUCUCUGCUUAAAAAGAAAGAGAAAGAGUUUGAGGAAACGAUGGAUGCGCUGCAGGCAGAUAUAGAUCAGCUAGAAUCUGAGAAGGCAGAGUUAAAACAAAGGAUCAGCAACCAAUCACGGGCCGCAGAGGGUUUGCGUGGACCUCAAGCUUCUGGCAUCGCCUCUAUCGUCACAGCAACGGGAGCAGGAGCAGGAGGAACAUCUGGAGCUCUGUCUGCAGGUUCAGUUCAGGUGGUGGAUUCUCCUCUUCUCAAACAGCAGAUCGACGUCCAGCGACUCGCUAUUAAACAUCUGAAGAGUGAAAACUACAGACUCAAGGCUGAGAAGAUGCGCGAGCAGCUGGCGUCUCUGCCGCCCCUGAAGGUUGCUCGUAUGACGGGGAUGAAGGAGGGAGUCAUACCUGAAGGCCUUUCAGGAUCGUUGUACCGUAAGACGGAUCUUCUGCUAAACAACCUGCUGAAGAUGAGUGCUGGAGUCAAAGUGGUGGACAUCACCGGCAAAACACCAGCGAGUGCGAGUGCUCAGCUAUUGGAGCAGACGGCCAGACUGAAUUCUCUGAACGAGACCCUGGAUAAAGUGAGGGCUGAAGUGUCGCAGCACGUCGUCUCUCAGCAGCCUGGCGCUCGUGUGCCGUCUGAUUUCGCCUCGUUCCCGGCCACUUCUUUCCUCAAGGCCAAAGACGAGCAGAGGAGCGGCGGCUCCGUGCUGGUCGGGAGAGUGGCGAUUCCCUGUUCCCGCGGUAACGAGCAGAGACACUGCCUCGUCCUAUCACAGCAGCAGCUGCAGCACGUGCACCGCCUCCUUAUGACGUAAACGCUCGCUCAUCACAGAGCCAAUCAGAUGCUCACUUCCACAAUUCCACAGUUUCACUCAGGAAACAGAUCAGAUCUUUUACUGCCAAAGACAACGUGUUUAGUUCAGAGCUGCUUGUCUUUUCAUAAUCUAAAGACUUCUUGCUAAUUCUCAUCUGUCAGACAGGAGUCAAUAUGAUCAGAUUUCUCACAGUAAAACCACACAAGUGUUUAGAGGAUUAAGAGUAUGAAUGACGUCUCUAUUAAAUAAGAUAUCCAGCGUACGGGUUUGGAUGAAGUGAGGGGGUAAACAACAACCAAAACAUCCUAAACUCUUCCUUUAAAAUGAUCACACCUGAGGAUUAAUUCAGCACUUGGUUAAAUCUGAACGAACGCUUAAAAUACUUUUACAAAUAUUUCUGCUCUUGUGUUUAGUUUGACACUAAUCAUAUACAAAUCUUUUGUUCUUGAGGCAGCAACAUUUCUUCAUUCUUAUGCAAUUUCUUAAAAAUAAACAUUUGAUUUGGUGAAAGAGCUCAACUUAAGAUGGUUUUGGCUUUUAGGCAGGUUAAAUGUGCUUGCUUUAGGGAAAUAUUUAGAAAUCAGUUUAGCUGUUAAGAAUUAAACAAUCAUCUUCAUCAAUAAUUCAUUUACUGUAUUAAAAUCAAAACCCAUCAAGACAUCCUUAACUAUUAACAACAUGACUUAAAGUUUCUUUAUAAACAUUGCAAAAAAAUAACUUUCUUACUUAGUAUUUUUGUUUUGUUUUCAGUACAAAUAUUUAAAAAUUCAAAAAUCAAGAUGCAUUUUCCUGAUGAGCAAAAUGACCUAAGAAAAUAGUCUAUUUUUAGAAUAAAAAAAUACAAUUUAAGUGAAUUUGUGCAUAAGACAAGCAAACAACAAAUCUUGAACUUUUUCCUUCAACACCUAAUUCAAGAAAAAAUCUUAUUCCAUUAGCAAAUACUUUUGCUUGUUUUAAGCACAGAUGCACUUAAAUUUAAUCUUAAAACUAGACUUUUUUUUCUUAGGCCAUAAUGCUCAUUAGAAUUAAAAUGCCAGCUUUUUUUAUAUUUGUACUGAAAACAAGACAAAAAUAUGAAGUAAGAAGUCAUUUUUUGCAGUGGACUUAAACAUUUAUUGAGGCUGUUUGUUUCAGAGUUUUUCAUGUCAGAUUACAGCACAAAUAAACUGUUUUCAGUCAGUA